UAUUAGACCAGUUUUGUCACAAAUUCGAAAACACCUUCUAACCUAAAAGCAGCCGUCCUCGUCAUCCUGUUUGCUCGGCCGAGCUUUCAUCCGCCAUCGCCGUACCCUCUUUUCUGACGUCUAUUUCUUCCUCACUCUCCGCCUCUUCUAUCUUAUCCCUCCUUUCAACAAAGUAGCGAGUGUCCCUGCUGACACUACAAUGGGAAAGGCGAUUGAUCGUGCCAGCAAGGAGGUCCUUGCUGAGAUGGUAAGACUUACUCAAAGACAAGGACUGAAAGGUGCUGCAGGAGGAUGGAAAGACUUCUUACAGUGUCACGAUAAGAAAGGUUCUGGCUUAAGUGACCCAAUUAGGAGAUCAAGAGAACUUUUGGUUGAUUUUCUGCAAACAUUUACAAAAGAACAACAGAAGGUGUUCAAUAAACUAAUAAGAAGGAAUAAUGAUCAUAAUGCGAUGAAGCAGUUCAAGGGUUUUGUACAUCUUGAAUCACCUAAGCAAAGGUUGGUCCGUUUGACAAUGGAACAUCCAAAGUACACAAAAGAGUUCUGUUUCCCAUUCUAUGAUGAGGGAUGGGUAACUACUCAUCUUGGCGAAUUUUUUGAAGCAAUGAAAUCAGAAACUAUGCUUGCGAUUGAUUGUGAGAUGGUUCUUUGUGAGGAUGGUACUGAAGCAGUGGUGAAAGUAUGUGUAGUGGAUCAAGAUUUGCAGGUGAAACUUGAUCAACUUGUAAAUCCCAUGAAGCCUGUUGCUGACUACAGAACCAACAUUACUGGGAUAGAUUCAAAAGAUUUAGAAGGAGUAACAUGCUCCUUAGCUGAUAUACAGAAAUCUUUGAAGAAACUUUUAUCACAUGGAACAAUCCUAGUGGGCCAUAGCUUGUAUAAUGAUUUACGAGCUGUAAAAGUUGAUCAUCUUAGAGUCAUCGACACCGUAUGUAUCUUCAAGUUUGUGGACUUGCCUAACUUUUCACCUUCCUUAAACACAUUGUGCAAGGUAGUGUUGGGUUUUCCAGUUCGUAAUGAUGGAGAACCACAUAAUUGUCUUAAUGAUGCACAAGCUGCUAUGAAGCUAGUACUCGCUAAGCUAGAACAUGGAUAUGAGGAUCUCAUUGUUACCACAGAUGUGGAAAUGCCACGUUGUGACUCGGCAAAACUACUGCUGCACAAUAUUCCAGUUGAAAUACCUGCUCAAGAGUUACACUUGCUGUUUCCUGGAGAAGAUGAUGUCACAAUUGAGUCUGCUACAAAGCAGCGAGUUGAAAGUUACACGACAUGUGCUGUCUUCAGAAGUCCUGCACAGGCAGAUAAAGCAUUUGACAAAGUUAAUGGCAAUUUAACAAAGGAUUCAGCUGGCCGCCUCCAGAAAUCUGUCUCUUUGAAACUUGGCAGCAAGAAAACGACCCAGUUAUAUGUCCGCAAGAUGACUAACGACCCAGAUGUGUCAAAGAUGUUGCGAGAUGAGAAUGCUGAGCCCUUGCAGCAACAAGCAAUAGAUGGCAAUGGCUCAAAACGGCUAAAAACGUGUUCGUAUCCUUGUGACCAUGUUAAAGAGAUUGAGAAAUUGAGAGAGGAUCUGCGUCGUAGGGAAGAGGAAAUAUUUAAUUUGCAAAAGGCUCUCGCCCAAGUGAAAAGCAUUUGUGAUAGGGAACUCCCAUGCUGAACAAAACGUGUAUAAUUAAUCUUCUUUCUUCUUAUUAUUACUUUUCAUUAUUGAACAUUUGAACUCCAUCUCAUCAUAUGCCCCGCCAAAGAUGACAAGAUCACAGGAUGGAUUUUCCACUGUGAGAUGAUGUGAAUGUUCUAUCAAGUCUUAAGUUUGUAUACUUUUGCUGGGUGGCUACUGGAGCUAGCAGGACUGCGGCAGGUAAAAGGAGGUUAUAUAUGUUUGGAUUAAGAAGAUAAUCUAAAGACCACUGGCACCUGUUGCUGCAGUGGGGACAAACCUAUCAGAAAAUUUUGAAACUCUGUUCUGUCUUUUAAUUUUGUUAGUCUUAAUUGUAUUGUUACGUUUGUAUUGUAUGUUGAAACUCCUUAUGUUUGCUAUUUCUUGAUGGAUUGAUUACUGAUUGAUAUGUUUGUUUGAGUGAUGAUGCUAUUUUCUCCU